GUCAGGAAACAGAUCGAGAAUUUUGUCUCUCUUGUUCCUUAUCGCGCAAGAAGAUUUUCUUGGACGCGAUUUUAGAAAGUGGACACGCUGGACGCGGAGCAGGACCCACGCAGGAGGCACAAAGCGGACACCGUAUUCUUCAUUUGCGGCUUUAACACGAUGGAGCCUGCCUUCGGUGAAGUGAACCAACUCGGUGGUGUUUUCGUAAACGGCAGGCCGCUCCCCAACGCCAUCCGGCUCAGGAUAGUGGAGCUGGCCCAACUCGGGAUUCGACCCUGUGACAUCAGCAGGCAGUUGCGCGUGUCCCACGGCUGUGUCAGCAAGAUCCUGGCUCGCUACAACGAGACCGGCUCCAUCCUCCCGGGGGCAAUCGGAGGCAGCAAGCCGCGGGUCACCACACCCACCGUUGUCAAACACAUACGGACAUACAAGCAGAGAGACCCGGGGAUUUUUGCCUGGGAGAUCCGGGACAGGCUACUCGCUGACGGGGUUUGCGACAAGUUCAACCUGCCCUCCGUUAGCUCCAUCAGUCGGAUCCUCCGAAACAAGAUUGGGAAUCUGUCCCAGCAGAGCCAGUAUGAGUCGGGCAAGCAGGCGCCUCAUCCACCGCCACAACCAACGUUACCCUACAACCACUUAUACUCAUACCCGACGUCCAAAGUGCCCACUCCCCCUGGCAUGCCCACCCUUCCCGGACACAUGGCCAUGCACAGGAUAUGGCCUUCCUCGCACUCUGUAACUGAUAUUCUGGGGAUACGGUCUAUUACAGAGCAACAAAUUAGUGACAGUCCAUCCUUUCCCAGCACCACUCUAGAAGAAUGGAGCGCUAUUAACAGGACUAAUUUCCUACCAGCAAGCUCUCCACUAGUCAAUGGCGUGGAUAAGGCGCAUUUAGAACCUGAGGCAAAAUACACACAGACGCCGAAUGGCUUGCCCACAGUGAACAGCUAUGUCACAGCACCCAGCAUCCCUCCCUACCACCCUCCCACCCAAGUGUCACCCUACAUGGGGUACAGCGCCACCACGUCGGCCUAUGUGACCGGACCCACGUGGCAGCCAGCCAGUGGCAAUGCUCUAUCUCCCCACAGCUGUGACAUCGCCACCCCGCUGGCCUUCAAGAGGAUGUCAGCCAACCGUGACGCCAUCCACCCAGUCGCCGCCUCGGCGCUGUGAAGUCAACUCCACAGACUGAUGGGAGAAAGGGGGGUGGGAGGGUGUGAAGGGGAGUGGGUUGGGUGAGAGACGGAGAGGACAUUCAACUCCAAGUCUGUCCGUGGUGGCAACUGUUUUCCACUCCCACUGCCAGCUUUCUAUGAAGGACUCGGCCCCAGGACUCAUAUCUGCGCCACUGGGUAUAUGAUGCCCCUCCGAGCUAAGCGCAGUCAGACCAAAGACACACAACGAAUAAAAAGCCUGUCAGUUUUUACAGCAAAUGUGUUGUCUAAAAGUACUUGCAGGACAGGUGUUCCAAAGACUGACAUAUGACUGCUACACCAUCCAUCAACAUAAUUCCUCUCAGAUUCUUUACUGCACAUCUGCAAAUGUCUCUGGGCAAAAUGGGGUAAUGUAUAACUUCAUGAAUACAGAAUCAAAGAAAAAGGGAAAAAAACUUUACAUUAGUGUUUCAGGGUGCUUAA